UUUUGGCCUGAUCCGCCAUUUUUGGGGUCUAAGCGCAAGCGGCGGGCGAAGGAGGGUAAAGCACAACCAUGGUUCGUACUUGCUGUGUGAUCGGCUGCAAUGUUCGAUCUUACAAUUGGCACGGGAUUAAGCUUGGGUUGUCUUUUUAUGCUUUCCCAACCUGGAAGCAAUUUGAAGGAGCUCAGGUAUCGGAUGUUUCCAAACGAAGGCGUCGAGCCUGGAUAGCAGCCGUGAGAUGAGCUGAUAUCAAGUUCUGUUCCAUCUCCCGGUAUCACUUGGUGUGCUCCAGACAUUUUCAUUCCGGUAAGUGCUAAAUAUGUUCAUAUCACACUUUAUAGCUGAAUAAUAUUAUCGUUGGUGGUCUCGGAAGUUAUAGAAAAUGCGAUCAAACAUCGAAUGGAGUGACUUUGCAGACAUAUGUGCUAUGUGAAGAUUCGCUAAUUCUUUUGCACAACUGUAGGGAAGCCUGCCUAUGAAAUGGAUCAAACAAAUCCAGACUGGGUACCAACGCUACACAUGGGGCACUCCGAAAUCCGAACAUCACAUGCAGACCGUCACAGGAGGCGAACACAACCGGAACAAAAGAAAGUACUAGUAGGAGGCUUUCACAAUGGAGCAGCAAAGUGUGAAGAGAUGGACACCACAGAAGAGCAACAUCAUAACAACCCUGUGAUUUUGUCUGAGGGCCAGAUUUGUGACGGACACGUAGAAGCAGAGGUAACAGGUGCAGAUGCAGAAAACGCUGAUCUCAGAGAGAGACAGACAGAAGAUCAAAGACCGACAACUGAUUGUGUGCGCUGUGUACAGAGCAGAGCAGAAAUAAACCGGCUGCUGGAGGAGAACAGAAAGCUUAAAUCACAGUUGGACAAGACAGAGCUGAAUGAAAACUUUUUACAGGGUGACACGGAAAAAGUGAAUUAUUACACUGGUCUUACUUGUUUUGCUAUUUUUAUGUCUGUGCUAGACAAUGUAAAAGCUUUCCUACCAGCAUCAAAGAAACUGUCGCAUUUCCAAAUGCUUUUACUCACACUUAUGCGACUUAGACUUGAUCUUCCUGUCCAGCAUCUUAGUUAUCUAUUCAAUGUCUCCGACAAAACUCUUUCUUCUGUCUUUGCUGAUACAAUUGACGUUUUGUAUGCCCGCUUAGGAAUACUUGUACACUGGCCAGAGAGGCACUGUUUGCAAGCAACAAUGCCUCCACAAUUUAUGGAAACUUUUGGAAAUCGGGUAGCCAUCAUUGUUGACUGUUUUGAAAUUCGUACAGAACAACCAUCUAAUUUAAAGGCUCGUGCUCAAACGUACUCGCAUGACAAGGGUACACACACCAUGAAAUACCUGGUCGGGAUUACUCCCCAAGGUGCAAUUUCAUUCAUUUCUAAGGGGUGGGGGGGGGCGUGCAUCAGAUAAACACGUCACAGAGCAAUGUGGCAUACUUAACAAGCUGUUACCAGGGGAUGUAGUUUUGGCUGACAGAGGCUUUGACAUCAGAGAUGUGGUGGGAAUGAUG